AUGACGAGCGUAAUGGAUGACUAUCUCGAUAGUCCGAUGGACCAGGAUGACAUCUUUCCCUGCAAGGGUUGCGGAGAGAUUCUCGAGGAAGGAAAGGCUUUCGAAUUAGUCCUUGCCCGCCCUCCCGCCAAAUGCCAUCCCCCUGGCGCCUUUAGCGAACCCCCGACCGAGUCCGACACCCCGACCGAACUCUCCCCGAGGCCGAGGCCGGCCUACAACCGAAACGAUUCAUCUUCGCGGAGUAGCUCCCGACCGGCCAGGUCCCCGAACGGACACCUGCCGAAGUUGUCAAAGAAGGAUAAUCGAGACUACUUCAGCCCCGUGAAGUCAUCUUCCGAGUCCAAGGCCGAGUCUGCUGCCACCACCCCUCAUAUAGCCUUUCAAGAAAAGGGCAGGCAAUCGUCAUCCGAAGAUGCCAAGGUGCGCCCACCCGGUCGUAGAUUGUCCAAGUCUAGCCGCAAGGACUCGGGUACCCCCAACUCGAAAUCCGCUGAAGAGCCGCUCCCGCCGAGGACGUCGAGCAAGGCCCCGAUCACAACGGACGAUUUCAAGCUCCAGGAUGCCCCCGUGGCAAAAAUUCGCCGCCUCCCGCACGAGCUCGCAAUCCGUUCCGACUCGAGUAACACCACUGCCCGCAACGAGUAUAAUGGCGCUUCGAAGCCAAUGGCUCGCAAGGAAGUUCCCCAUGGUACUCCUCGCAGCGUAAAUGGCAAGCAACAAAGCGUCGACGACGUCGCCAAGCCCACCCCCACCUCUUAUAUGCAACCUAGGCAAGCCCCCAUUCCGCCGGGGCAAGUACCUGGCCCACGCGGACCGAAUGAUAAACCGGGUUCUCCCAAACUCAGAUGGAGUGCUGGUGGAGAGUUUAGCAUGGACGAAGACAUGGCUCGCAUUUUGGGCACAGACGAGGACUCUUCCUCCAUUCUCCGGCGCGUUUCCAAUGCCGUUCGCCACGGCCGUACGAGCGACCCUGACCCAUUGGGCACCCAGAAUCGCAUGGGCCAUACGAGAAGCGCAAGCGAAACGACGCGGACGACGGCGUCUCCCCGGUGGCCCAGGACACCCGUGGCCGAAAACGGGCCGGGCGCCGCCAUUAGCAGCCCUCUCGGCCUAGCGUCGCCUAGUGAUGACCCUGCCUUCCUGAAGAGACAGCUCAGGAACUCGGAACAGCGCGUCAUGGAGAGGCGUAAGACCGUCUUGGAUCUGGAUACCCAGACCGAAAUCAUGAUUCGGCAGCUAGAAGUCCUUGCGGGAUACGUGCAACGCGCCAAGGAUACCAAGACUCCGGUCGACCCCCGCGACUUGGAGGACUCGGCUAUCAAGGACUUUGUGCAAAAGCUCGACAAGGUCAAACAGUCGAUGGCGGCCGCGAUCGAGCAGCUUCAUCAGGAGCGUGACCAACUAGUAGACGAAAAGAAUCAGGCGGUUGCCGACCGCGACCGUGCCCUCCUCGAGUUCGAGCAGCUGUCCUCCAAGAACGCGCAGCUCGCCGACAUGAACAACGACUUGACGCAUCAGAUUCAAGAGAGGUUCAAGUCACAGAUCGGCGGCGACCAGAAGGUUCCCAAUGGUCUCGGAAUCUACCCCCAAAGGGGUUCCUCGGUCUCGGCCAUGCAGUCUGACGGGAUCAGCAUCAACACGGCCACAACGCUGGUUCCCCACGAACAUGACGACACCAUUGUUGAGACGGGCCCGACGGUCGUCACGGUCAGGAAGGGCCAAGUCAAGAAGUUCAACUGGAAGAAGGGAUCCAAGACAAUUGCGCAAAACGUCACCAAGGGUGUCAACAGGGCAGUUGUAGCAUUCCAGCAGGAGCGCGAGAGGAACCCCAACCACGGUGGCUUGACGGGCGAGAACAUUGGGCUUCCGUAUAAUAUGACGGUGGAGCAGAUGCAGCCCGCCACCGCCUUAGCCAUCAACGGCCCGGGCCAGCCCAUCCCAUCAGGCGCCGGCACGCCCAGGCAGACGGGCGAGCGUCAGGGAUUCGGCUUCUUUGGCAAGCGGGCGCCGAACACGAUGCCCAAGGGCAUGGCCACCAACCUCGCGGGAAUAAGUACCCUCACUGUCGCGGAGGCGCCCACCACGCUCUUCGGCUCGGACCUAGCUGAGCGCGCCGAUUUCGAGCGCCGACAGAUUCCUAGCGUCGUAACCCGAUGCAUCGAAGAAGUGGAGCUCCGCGGAAUGGAUGUCGAGGGCAUUUACAGAAAGACGGGCGGCAACUCCCAGGUCAAGAUGGUGCAGGACGGCUUCUCGCAAAACGAAGACUAUGAUAUUUCGGACCCCGCCAUCGACAUUACGGCCGUUACUAGCGUCUUGAAGCAGUACUUUAGGAAGCUACCAAUCCCCUUGCUCACCUUUGACGCGUAUGAGCGCGUCCUUGAGUCAAACGCCAUCGCGAAUGAGCAAGAGCGCUGCACGCAUCUCGGCCGGACAUUCUCCUCGAUGCCUCCCCAGCACAGGGACUGCCUCGAGUUCGUCAUGUUCCAUCUUAACAGGGUCGCUCAACGAGAACCUGAGAACUUGAUGUCUCCCAAGAACUUGGCCGUCGUGUUCGCGCCCACCAUCAUGCGCGACACUAGCCUCGAGCGCGAAAUGACGGAUAUGCACGCCAAGAGCAUCGCGGUGCAAUUCAUCAUUGAGAACACCGACAGUAUAUUUGCCGAGUAA